AUGAAGAGAAUGAUUUCCGCAGAGAUCAGCCGAUGUGUAGUGUGUCGCAAAUUACGUGGUAAUCUUGGCCAUCAAAAAAUGUCGGAUCUUCCUGAAGACCGUUGCAGAGCCAGUCCGCCCUUCUCUUACGUGGGAGUGGACACCUUUGGCCCUUGGGCAAUUGCGUUUCGACGGACAAGGGGUGGAAGUGCAAAUCAGAAACGGUGGGCAUUGUUAUUUACAUGUCUAGUAACCAGGGCAAUUCACAUUGAGGUUAUAGAACAGCUCUCAAGUUCCUCCUUCAUAAAUGCGCUAAGACGAUUUGUCUCCAUACGCGGACCAGUUACGCAAUUUCGAUCCGACAGGGGAACGAAUUUUAUUGGAGCAUCCGAGGAUCUUGCCAUUGACGCUCAAUUUAUUGAGAGAGGACCUGUAUCAGACUUUCUGUCAAGCUCACGCACUGUGUGGAAGUUUAACCCGCCAUAUGCUCCACAUAUGGGAGGGUCAUGGGAGAGACUAAUUGGAACAGUGAAACGCAUUCUCGAUUCUAUGCUGUUGCAACAUAAAGGGAAAACCUUGACUCACGAAGAACUCGCCACACUUAUGUCAGAGAUAUGCGCGAUUGUCAACAACCGACCCUUAGUGGAUGUGUCUUCUGACCCAGAGUCGCCCAACAUACUUACUCCGUCAAUGCUACUUACAACGAAAACCAAAUCUGAUGUCAAUCCAUUUCCUUCAUUUGGCACCAAGGAUGCACUAAAGUCUGCAUGGAAAAAUGUGCAAGUGAUGACAAAUGCGUUUUGGCGUAGAUGGAAAUUGGAAUACUUGCACCGGCUGCAAGGACGUGUUAAGUGGCAGGAACAGUCUAGAAAUCUCAAAGUCGGAGAUCUUGUUUUAGUCAAAGACAUUGACUCUUCACGCAAUAACUGGCCAACCGGACUUGUUCAGAAAACCUUUGAAAGUAAAGAUGGUCUUGUUAGAAAAGUUGAAGUUGCUGUGGUUAGGGAUGGUAGACGUGCUUUGUAUGUUAGACCUAUCACAGAUCUUGUAACACUUCUAGAGGUUGAAUGA